GGCCGUGCCGGCCUGGCCCGUUGGUCAUCUCCUACCUCCACCGCCGCCGCCAGCUUCCUCCGCUGUCCCCCAAUUCCGCUGCGCCGCCACCGACGAAACCCAAACCUGCCCCUCCCCCAAAUCUCGCAGCUUGCCCCGUCGCCUCCUGCCCUUCGGACCUAGGCAUCCUGCCGCGGGCGGCGGAAUGCCUGCGGGUAAAUCGCGCAGGGGAGCGCCGGCCGCAGCUCCGGGGAGCGGCGGCGACCGCAUCGGCGCCCUCCCGGACGAGAUCCUGCACCGUGUCCUCUCCUUCCUCCCCGCGCAGCAGGCCGUGCAGACCUGCGUGCUCGCCCGGCGCUGGCUUGACCUCUGGAAGUCCGCCACCGGCCUGCGCAUCGUCGGCGCCGACGGCAAGGAGCCGGCCCCCUUCGGGGAGGUCCGGGAGUUCGUGGACAGCCUCCUGCUCCUCCGCGGACGCUCGCCUCUUGAGACAUUCGAGAUCAGGGUCGCGGGAGACGUCGUCGACGUUCGCCACUUGCGGCUCUGGGUCAGGUACGGCACGAUGUGCAACGCCCAGGUGCUCCGGCUCAAGGUCCAUGGGGAAGCCCCUGCUUUCCUUCGGUUGGAGGACCCGGCCCUCGCCUCCAGACACCUGACCAAAAUAGUGCUUCGUGGCCUGGUGUUUAACAACGAUUUUCUUGACUUCUCGAGAUGCCCCGUGUUGCAAGACCUUAAGAUCAAAGACAGCAGCUUCAUGCAUGCUGAAAGGAUCUCAUCCUUGUCCUUAAAGCGUCUAAACAUUACAGGCAUGUUCAACGAGAGUUCCCGCACCCGAAUUCACACCCCAAAUCUUGCUUCACUGGAGCUAGUAGUCACUGGAGGAAGAAUUCCUAAAAUUGAGAGCAUGCCCUUGUUGGUUUCGGCAGGUGUAGAAAUCGCAGAAACUUGUGACUGUUGCAGACGUUCUAACAAUGGUGACUGUGAUGAUGAAAAUUGCAUAGGUUGCAUACUAAAAGACACUUCGUCUGUGUUUUUGCAUGGUAUCUCACAAGCAAAAUCAUUGGAGUUGGGAGCAGGUGCUGAAGUGUUUAUUUUCAGGAGGGACUUGAAAUGGUGCCCUAUUUUUAGUCGGUUAAAGACUUUGAAACUCACUGAGCACUACGUACAUGCACUAUCAUGUAUUCUUAAACAUUCACCAGUUUUAGAGAGCCUCAAGCUUUAUCUUCUUGUAUUCAACAAGGGAUUCAAAGGUAAUGUGAAAAUGAGUGGAAGGUUCAAUCCAACUGAGCUCCCAUCCACUAUAUCACCACACCUUAAGAGUGUUAAAGUCCGAUGCGCAACAGUUGACAGAAGAGUUCUUAAAGUUUUGGAGUUCCUGAGUAAACUUAACAUCAGUCCAUGCACCGCCAGCACGGCAUGGCUGCUCCUCAGCUCGGAUCCACGAGCCUGCGCCACCACUGGUGUUGCUCCUUCCAGUCAACGUGACAUCAUUUUGGGGAAUAUGACGUAUCGACGUGUCCGAUACAUGUGUUGGAAUCGGUGCAACGUAGGCUGCAGUUUGGUUUCAGUUUCAAUGGGAAGAAGCGGAAAGCAGGAGGCAAAACUUCUACCACUUGAUUCUGUUCAAAAACUAGUUGCAUCAGCGGAAGCACUGACAACUGAAGAACGCCGCGCUUUGCCUGUGGGAUUGUUUUCUGUUCCACUUGUUGACCCAGUUAAGAGUUUGGCCUUCUCGAUUAUCUAGCUGGACAUGGUAUGUUUCUUUCAGGCGAAGCACUGAUAUAACCAGGAAAUUAGACACGCCAAUUUAGUUGCUGGGAUUGCGUUUCAGUGACACCUGCUAGUUACGGUUCGGUAGGAAGUCUGUUCCAGUUUUGUUGCUGACCUGGUACUUCAUUCGUGAUGCGCAAGUGGUGGCCAAUGAUGUUGGGAUUGAAAAUUUGGAGUUAUGUGUGCGCAUGUCGCUUCCUGUUUC